CUGUUCCACUCAUCCCACCGGCAGACGGCGGUAGAGGAGCGAAGAGGAAAGCGAAGACGACUAGGUCACAGUUUUAACGUCAUUUCCUGUCGGCUAAAGCGUGUUGUUUGCUAACAGGAAAUAUGGCCGCAGAAAGCGCCGCUGAGGACUACCCUCACGAGAUAGAUGAACAGCUCACGUGCUUCGACUCGUCAGUGACUUCAGUUAAAACCAUUUUGGAGCAGUUGAUGUCGAUGCCCAGAAAUGACCUGCUGCAAAAGUUGGAUCCUCUGGAUCAAGCCAAGCUGGAUCUGAUGUCUGCCUACACCCUUAAUUCAUUAUUCUGGAUGUACUUGGUAACACAAGGGAUAAAUCCCAGAGAGCAUGGAAUCAAACAAGAAUUGGAGCGAAUAAGAACAUAUAUGAACAGAGUGAAAGAGAUCACAGACAAGAAAAAAGCUGCCCGUCUGGAUAAGGGAGCUGCUGCACGCUUCGUCAGGAGUGCUCUUUAUGAUCCUGAUGAUAAGGAUUCUAAAAAAAAAGCAGCAGGCACAUCUUCAGAAGCUCCUCCAUCAAAGCGUUCAAAGCAGAAAUGAUAUAAAGAAGAAUCUGCAGAGUAUGUCAAAGUGCAAAAGAGCACAACCUUUAAGGGUGAUGAACACUGAGGUAAAACAUUUUGGUCAUAAGCCACAUUUGAAGGCUACGGUUGUCUGAUCAACAAUUACACAAGACAGCUAAACAGAACAAUUCAUCAUCAGGAUCAUAGCUUGGAGUCGUGUAAAUUUUCAUGGUUGCCCUGCAGCAGUCUGCAAAUGUGUUUGACAAGCAAAAGACUGUAUUUGCCACGUUUGACACUUCAUCUCAGGGCAGUCUCAGAUACUUUUGGAUCUUGAUGCCAAAAGCUGGUCUAGGUUUGAUACAUGUUGUAAUGUUCUUGUAAUGUUACACUGGUAUAAAUCUUUGUAUUUUGAAAGUGAUUCUAUGAAUCAAAAGGUUUUUUGGGUUUUUUAUUUUAAUUUUUUUUGUUUUAAACAAAUGCAAUGUUUUGAACAUCAUCAAGAAAAAGGUUUUGUGAGUAUAAUGCCUUUAGCAUAAAAAUAUUCACCAAAAA